AUGGACCCCGACGAAUUGGAAUUUUUAGGCGAAAAGAGUAAAAUCAUGAUAAUUCCAACGUUCAACAAGGAAAAUAUCCAUCUAAUUUCGGGCGAUUUGGGACCUUUCAGGGCGAGUUUACCGUCCCAAGUGCCCCUUUGGGUAGCAACUUUAUUAAAGAAGCAAAAACGUUGCAAAAUAAUCCCUCCCGAUUGGAUGAACGUCGAAUAUUUGGAAGCACUUAAAGAACAAGAAAAACAAACUAGCGGUUUUACAAGAAUGCCUAGUGAUCAUUACAUGGUAGAGGCCAAGCUACUGUUGGACUGUGCACCCGAUGAUAUUCCCAAUGCGGACGAAGUUAAAGUGAUUAUCAAAGAUAUUUGGGACAUGCGAAUGUCCAAAAUCAGAUCGUCAGUUACCAAAUUAGUUAAAAACAGCGACUUUUACGCCGCCGUUGAUAAUUUAACCAUAAUGGAAAUCAACUCGGUCCGACCGAUUCUACCGCACGCCCUGGAUAAUCUCUUUCGAAUGAAACACAUUGAACAACCUAAACCGUCUCAGAAUUCGAACGUUUCUUCAUUUUUAAUGUCCAAAAGAGCAUCUACAUCAUUCCAAUUAUCGAACAACGAAGAUUACUGA